GCGGCCAGGCCACCGGCCAGCCUCUGCCACUCUCCCCCCCCUCCACUUUUUUCCUUUUUAAAACUACACUUUCCGUCAAAGCUUUCCCGGUUUACCGUUAAACUUCCCCCCAGCCCAGCCCGGACAGGAUCAAAAGAAGUGGACACCGGGCCGGACAGACACCGGAUUACCGUGUAGUAGCCACUAGCAGCCGGACCUGCCGUGAUUCGCCGCCCCGCCAGCUGCGGGCCUCAACUUUCCUUCAUUUGGAUCCAACUUUUUUCCCCACUUUUUUUCCUGUCUGACGUCACUUUUACCGGCGUCAGCUCCGAGUACAGUUGACAAAGACCCGCCGUUACACCGGAGGAACCGACUUUAGCUAACGUUUGAACUUUUCUUGUGUGCGCGUGUGAAACAGCAGCAGCGCCCCCACCCAACUUUGUGACUCUGUCCGUCUGUGUGUGUGUGUGUGUCCCGGUACCGACAGGCCCGGACCGGUCCCACGACCAGCACCACGGCUGGUUCACGGGCGGACACACCGGCAGUUGGUUUAUUAUUAAUUUGUUUGUUUUGUUCUGUUUUGUGAACGGAGAGAUGGAGACUGUGUGAACGUAUCAGCGCGUGGCUUCCACGAGACUCCCCGUUUCCUCCGGUCCAGUAGAGGUGGGGUGGGCAGAGCUGAGCUAUGGCGGGGGCAUCGGUGAAGGUGGCGGUCCGAGUGCGGCCGUUCAACUCCCGAGAGGUUGGACGCAGUGCCAAGUGUGUCAUCCAAAUGCAAGGAAACACCACGUGUAUCUCCAACCCUAAACAACAGAACAAAGAUGGAGCCAAGAACUUCACCUUUGACUAUUCCUACUGGUCACACACAACGGCUGAUGACCCCAGCUUUGCAUCGCAGAAGCAGGUGUAUAAAGACAUUGGAGAAGAGAUGCUGCUGCAUGCCUUCGAAGGAUACAAUGUAUGUAUUUUUGCAUAUGGUCAAACGGGAGCAGGAAAGAGCUACACCAUGAUGGGCAAACAGGAGCCAGGACAGGAAGGCAUUAUACCACAGCUGUGUGAAGACUUGUUUCAGCGAACGGGAGAAAACACAGACCCUGACCUCAACUACUCUGUGGAGGUGUCUUACAUGGAGAUUUACUGCGAGCGAGUUCGGGAUCUGUUGAACCCAAAGUCUCAGGGUACCCUGCGAGUUCGCGAGCAUCCCAUCCUUGGACCCUAUGUGGAGGAUCUUUCCAAACUGGCUGUGACAGGAUUCAUUGAUAUCAGAGACCUGAUGGAUGCAGGAAACAAAGCUCGGACAGUUGCAGCUACAAACAUGAAUGAAACCUCAUCCAGGUCACACGCCGUUUUCACCAUUGUCUUCACACAGAAACGACGAGACCAGCUGACAGGCCUGGACACUGAGAAGGUCAGUAAGAUCAGUCUGGUUGACUUGGCUGGAAGCGAGCGCGCCGAUUCCUCUGGAGCGAAGGGCACCCGGCUCAAGGAAGGAGCAAACAUCAACAAGUCUCUCACCACGCUGGGGAAGGUGAUAUCAGCUCUGGCUGAAAUGCAGAGCAAUAAGAAGAGGAAAAGUGAUUUUAUACCUUACAGAGACUCUGUCCUCACCUGGCUACUGAAGGAAAAUCUGGGGGGAAACUCUCGAACAGCCAUGAUCGCUGCCCUUAGUCCUGCUGACAUCAACUAUGAAGAAACACUGAGCACUCUGAGGUAUGCUGACCGCGCCAAACAGAUCCGCUGCAAUGCAGUGAUCAAUGAAGAUCCUAAUGCUAAACUGAUCCGAGAGCUGAAACACGAGGUAGAACGGCUGAGAAACUUGCUCUUCUCUCAGGGCCUUCAGGAGCUGCUCGACAACUCUGCCAACAGCAGCACUGGGUCCACUGGUGUCACUGGGGUGUCCUCCUCCCCACAGCAGAUCACAGCCAAUGGGGUACCAACAAACAGUGGCUCCGCCUCUCCAGCAGGUUCAGAGCCGACGUCUUCAGGUGACGUAUCUGCUAACUCUGACCACAUGCUCGAGGAUGGAGAGGAAGGGGAGGAGCCUGUUUCCACAGAGACCAUCAGUAAAGAGGAGGCAGCAGAGCGACUGAUGGAGACUGAGAAGAUCAUUGCAGAACUGAAUGAGACAUGGGAGGAGAAAUUGAGGAAGACUGAAUCUAUUCGUUUGGAGAGAGAGGCCAUUUUGGCAGAGAUGGGCGUGUCCAUUAAAGAAGAUGGAGGAACGCUGGGCGUCUUCUCUCCUAAAGGAACACCUCACCUGGUCAACUUGAACGAAGACCCUCUGAUGUCCGAGUGUCUGCUUUACUACAUCAAAGAGGGAUUCACCAGGGUUGGACAGCAGGAUGUGGACAUUAAACUGUCUGGUCACUUCAUUAAAGAGAUUCACUGUGUGUUUGUCAGUGAGGUCAACGAACAAGGAGAAGUUGUCGUCACUUUGGAGCCAUUGAUUGGAGCCGAGACCUACGUUAAUGGAAAGCAGAUCACCGAAGCUGUUGUUUUAAAACAAGGUAACCGCAUCGUGAUGGGGAAGAAUCAUGUGUUUCGGUUUAACCACCCCGAGCAGGCAAGGCUGGAGAGGGAGCGCAGUGUGACAGCUGAGCAGCAGGGGGAGCCAGAGGACUGGAACUACGCCCAAAAAGAGCUGCUGGAGAAGCAAGGCAUUGACAUCAAACUGGAGAUGGAGAAGAGACUGCAGGACAUGGAGACUCAGUACAAGAAGGAGAAGGAGGAAGCCGACCUACUGCUGGAGCAGCACAGACUGUAUGCAGACAGCGACAGUGGUGAUGACUCGGACAAACGCUCCUGUGAGGAGAGCUGGAGGCUCAUCUCAUCUCUCAGAGAGAAAUUACCUGCCAACAAGGUUCAGUCCAUAGUGAAGCGAUGUGGUCUACCCAGCAGCGGAAAGAGGAGGGAGCCUCUUCGAGUCUACCAGAUCCCACAGAGAAGGAGAAUCAGCAAAGACCCCAAACGGGUCACCAUGGAAGACCUCCGCAUGCAAGCGGUCAAAGAGAUCUGCUACGAGGUGGCUCUGGGAGAUUUCCGUCAUUCACGUCAGGAGAUCGAGGCGCUGUCCAUCGUCAAGAUGAAGGAGCUGUGCCGCAUGUACGCUAAGAAAGACAACAACGAGAGAGAGAGCUGGAAGGCCGUGGCCCAGGACGUGUGUGACACCGUGGGCAUUGGAGAGGAGAGGAGCCCCCCGGCCGAGGAUGGGGGAGGAGGGGGAGAGCCCAGUGAGGGAGGGGAGAAAGGAAAGGUGUAUGACCUGAAGGCACAUAUUGAUAAACUGACAGAUAUUUUAGAGGAGGUGAAGCUGCAGAACAACAUGAAAGAUGAGGAGAUCAAAGCUCUGAGAGACAGGAUGAUAAAGAUGGAGAGCAUCAUACCUGUUCAGGACGACGACGUGAACGGUGAAGGCGAAUCUCCACAGAGAGAGGAGAUCGGGGCCGGGGAAACGGAUGUGCCAGAGGUCAGAGUUCAGCGGUUGAUGGACGAGGACCCAGCGUUCAGGAGAGGGCGCCUCCGCUGGCUCAAACAAGAACAGCAGAGGAUCUUGAACCUGCAACAGCAGAACAUCACCAAGAAGCUCCGGGGGCAGAACCAGAACCAAGCUCAGAACACCCCAACUGUUCCCAUCCAUCUCCCUGGGACCGGCCGCUUCAUCCCACCUCAGGAGUGUAAAUUGAAGUUCCCCUUCAAGAGUAACCCCGCCCACCGAUUGUCAUGGGGACCAGCCAGUGCCGCUCUACAGGCUCUGGGUCUGGGUGAGGGAGGAGAGGGAGCAAGUCAGCAAAGGGAGGAGGGAGGAGCAGCUGUGGAGGGGAAAUGCUCUCCCUCUCCUCCUCCUCCUCCUCCUGCUGCUGCUCUGCUACCCCUCCCUUUCCAGGUUCCGCCCCCCCGCAUGCGAACACCAAGCCCCCAUCGCAAUUGGCAACAGCGUAACCAAGGUAACCAGGGUGGAUUUCAGUACCACCAUCACCAGGGUGGCAACCAAAAUCACCAGCAACACCGCUAUAGACGCAACUCUCUGGACAGCUCCACCCAUGGUAACAGUAACUACGAUGCUGACCAGCAGCAUCACAAUGGCAACGGUGGUCACCAGGGGCGACCAAGACAGAGGAGGGGGGUGUCGCCUGGGCCAGGGGGGGAGAGAGGAGGAGGAAGAGGUGGAGGAGGAGGAGGGGGGAGGGACAGAGACAGAGAAGCAGGUUUUCACUAUGGUAACCAACGGCAGCAACAUCAGUACCACCACCACCCCUACUACAACCCCCAUAAUGCACCAUUCCAGCCAGGACCUCACCCCAACUACCACAGCCUGCCACGCUCUGGAGCCCCGCCCCCUCCUGCCGGCAUGCUGCUGGGGGCGGGGCCGCCACCACUGGGGGGGUGGGGCUUUACCACCCCACCCAGGAUGAGGCGGCAGUUCAGUGCACCGGACCUCAAAAACAACAACAACAACAAUAACACCAGUACCAACAUGGAGACCCCCAACUGACCCCUGAGUGUCUGCCACAUGGAUGUUUCUGAUUGGCUGGAGGACCCGGGGUUUCGUCAAUGCUGUAGAGAAAAGGCUGUGUGUGUCUGUUUCAGCACUUUUUCAUUAGUCAGCCAUCACACACAUCUGUAACCUCAGUCCUGCUGUGUGUGUGUGUGUAUGCGUGUUGGCUUGCUCAUGGUUGUCCUUAAAUUGGAUUGGCCAGAGCGACGUUCUUCUCUGCUGUAACUGGUUGUUUCAAGGACUAGCUGUGAUUUGUUCAUUGUCUGCUACUCAUUGAAAUAUGUGUUAAUACUACUAGCAUGCUAACUGCUUGGCAACCAAAUUGCUGCAACCAAACCUGGCAGAUUUCAGCUCUUUUCCCAGCCACGUAAACACUUGAAUGGAUGUAUCUAACAACCAAUCACUGAUCCUCUUUGCUUACAGGGGGAUUCUUUCUUUGUGUGUGUAUGGUCAGGUACACAGCUAACAGCGUGACAGUCAGUUACAGUAGAGCGUCUUGCCAAUCCAAUCUAGUACCAACCGUUACUUUAGCGCGGGUUAGCUGUUGCCAUUGCAACACUGUUUUAACAAACUUUUUUUUUUUAAUUUUUAUUUUUCAGCCAUGAAUUGGCUGUUGACAGGAUCGAAGUUAUUCUGCUAUGAUUAUGUUCAAGUGGUUUUAUUGAUUUGCUGAUGUCAGUCAUGAUUAAGACGCAGUGUUAGCUUCCAGUGCUAGCUAUGAUUAGCAUAAGCUCCUGUUUAUUCUUUAUGGUGUAUUUUUACCUGAAGUGAAGGAUGCAAGCUUGUUUGUUAUGGGCAGGAUGUUUGUUUGGAAUCAGACUGAAGUUUUAGCAACAGGCUAAUUAGCCUGGUUUAGCUUAAGCUAGCCACAUAGCCUGAGCAGGGGCUGGUUAUUGCGCUUUUUGGUGUUUACGUGGUGAAGUGCUACACAGGACUAAAGAGAACAAGUAUUAGCCUAGCCUAACAUUGAGGUUGCAUGAGAAUUGCGAUGUGUAUGAGUUCAGGCGAACAUGUUUUUGCACCAACUGUAGUUUGGUAUUUUACAUUUUUAGUUAAGUUCUGCAACCCUUUUCACUCAUCAUUAAAUGUGAUUAAUUCUUUGGUAUAACUUUUGAAUUAACUGCACAUGUGAUCAAAAGUAUUUGGAUCAGUUUCUUAUUCAUGCAUUACAGUGACUAUUUUUUAAAUAAAUGAUUUUGUACUUAUCUAAUUCACUAUUCCAGUUUAAAGAAACAAUCAAUACUGACCGUCACUGUCAUUCAUGAAAGAAUCACGUCUAAAUAAUUUUGCCGUUGUAACACACCAUUAAAACCUCUGGAAACUGAUAAUUCAAAACAUGGUCAUUUAAGUUUGAGUAAAUUUUAUGAUCAUGGGUUUUAUUGUUUGCCACUGGCUGCUAGCUAGCUAACUAGUGUUCUAUCCACUCUUUUUAAAUCAAAGAUUGACAAUUUACGUUGCUGACUACAGAUAGUAAGUACAUUAUUUUAGAUUAUCAAAUAUCUAAGAUGAUCUAACUAAGUUUGGCAUGGUUGGCCCAAGGGAUGGUGUUGCUAACAUUAGUAGCUAACAAAAUAUGAAGUAUUUGGUGGAUGCUUCAUGAAAUACUGUACUUAACAAAUUUCCAGAGGCUUUAAAUAAUAAGCUGGUGUUCAUCUUUCCAUAAGAUUGUUUGAUGAGAAGCUCAUACAUCCAAUUUCUCUCAUGUGACCUGAGUGUCUCUCUGAUGCUACGAACCAAAGAAAGCUGCUGUGUGGCGCCCCCUGCAGGACACACUGCUGUACAGACAGACUGCGGAGGAGGAGAAGGCACGUUGAACCGAGCUGAAUCUUUUUAAACGCUGUGUGUGUAUAUUUGAAGUGUUAUUUGUCUUGACAUUUUUAUGAAGUUCUUAGAAAACAGGCUGCGACAUAUGAAACCAUGGUGACUUCACCAUCUUUGGCAAUCGUGGGAAGUGUAAGUGAUAACAUGACAUGUGAUGUCUCUUUUGACAUAUUGGACUUUUUCAAUAGAAAUGGGAAAUGUAGAUGACAAGGAAUGCGAUGGAUUAUGGGAUAUGUAGGGCUGUGUAUACAAGGAAUCAUGGGAAAUGUAGUAAAAUGGUGAGAUGAUGGAUAAGAGAAGGCGUAAUAAAGAGAGCAGAGAUACAGUAAGAUUUAGUUUAAAACACUACAACAUAUUUUUGGGUGUCUUUCUCCUGACUCUACAUACGGUAGAAGGGAUGAAUUAACUGACAUGAUGCGAACUUUGUGAGACACCAGGAAAUUGGAAAUUACAGCUUUUACUGAGCAAUAAUGACCAACCUACCUGCUGAUGCAUUUGAUAUAUUUAAAGCUACUUUAAUUGUGUAGGAGGGGUGUAACAGUAAACAGUGUUCACAGUUGAUAUGAACAAUAUAAGCAGAACAGUCCAGUUUGACUAUAGAAGACCUGUAGUUUAAAAAGUAGAGUUUAUGCAUGUUCUUUCAAGUAAAGAAGAAAAAGGUAGUAUGAGUUAAUGCAUUGGUACUGGUUAUCUAUGAGUUAGCCUUAAGCGCUCUGACAGAAAAGCUUAAAGGGGAGGAAAAAAGAGUAGAAUAUAUAAUGCUAUAUACAUAUAGUAUUUUGAUUAGAAAAAGAGUAAAAAGGUCCAGAGAUGGAGAAGUGUAUUGGCGAAGGAGAUCAGGGCUGUGAUUUUUAGAACUUGGUAUUUUGCAGUUUGGUUUAGUUGAAAAAACACUAUAAAGUACAAAACAAAAGGCAGUUAAGUAUUUGAAUUUAAGAAUUCAAGAAUAUUUGAAAGAAUUUAUUUCAAAUUCUUGGCGGAACACGGCCUACACAAUUACAUUAUAAUCAGAUUGAAGCAUCUGCGUAUUUGGUGGAGUUUAGGAGAAGAGUGUGGUUUGGUUAAAGUCGACUCUUUUGCAACAGUGCAGUUUAAAUAGGAAACUUUUCCCAUGUAGGUUCGGAGUUUAAGACUAAUCCCAUUAGCAUUCAUUUCAGGAUGAUGUGGGUGGAGCCUAUACUAUAGAACAGUGGUCUGCAAGCUUUACAACCUAAAGAGCCAUUUUUGUCUCGAAAAAGAAGAAGGAAAUCUGACGAGACAUG